AGAUUAGUAGUUCUUAGGUUGUUGAUCGUUUUUUAAAGUUUAAAAACAUAUAUCUUACUCGGCUUGCCUUCCAGCCUCGGGCAUCGUCGUUUUCUCUCCCUCUCUCUGCCUUCUUGCCAGUGUGUGUGCUUUUGGUUACUCUUGUUGAGCUCUGCACGUUAGGAUCUCGUACGGACUGCGUGUGGAUCUCGCGACCCUCUUAGCCCCAUUCCAUUUCUUUUAUUAUUAUUGUUUUCUACUGAUCUCUCCUGUACAUCCGGCGUCACGCGCGACGGUCAUCCCCCGCCACAAAAAAAGGAGAGGAGGAAACAUCCUCGCGCUCGUCUGCGCUUCUAUUCCUCCGUUGAGGCGAACACAGUAGGCGACCUCCUCGCGUAGCGCCAGCAAAGGAAAGAGAGAAAACACAGGAAUCACCGUUUUUUCGCAGCAAAGUCAAGAAGAAGCCGUUAAAAAAAAAAGAGGAGAAGAGGAAGAAAACAAGAGUUCGUGUGAGCUGCUCCGUCGUGGGAGCGAACAAAGUCUCUUUUCUUUUCUCUUGCCCCGUGCUUCGCUUUCUCUCUUGCGUACGGACGACUGGUCAGGGGGGUUUGCUCUUCCUUUUCAUUUUUGUUUAAGAGCCGUGCUUUCGCGUGUGUGCGUGUGUGUUUGUAUUCGCGUGGUUUGCUGCAGGUACCGUCACCAACGCCCCUCCCCUUCCCCCUUCUUUCUCACGUCGCGUACAGUACGAAGUUCAAAGAUACCAUCGGCGGCAGCUAUUCUAACCCUCCUCCCCCCUCCCUCCCCCAAAACAACAGCGACAACAGCCGCUGAUCGACUCCUCAAAAGCCGCGAAAGAAACGAAGCAUUGGACUUUUCUGCGCCUCCUUGAUUCGGAGGAAAGCCUUUCUCUUCUUUGUUUUUCUUCUGGCGUCAGCGUACUGCAUUCACGUUCGCUUUCAGCUCUCCGUUUUUCGGCUUUCCGUUGUGAACCGAGAGAAAAGGGCAAACCAUUUUUUUUUCUCUGCCCACAUUUCUCCUUCAUCUGUCAGGUUUUGUAUUCCCAGGAAAAGAGAAGUGGCACAUCAGCUCUUUUUGUGCUGCACUGAAAGCAAAACGCAAAAGAACGAAACAAACGUGCCAAGCAAGCAACAGCAGAACGAACACCCACCCACCCACACAAGAAAGGAUUGACCUGCUGAUCAGAGCAGCCAGUUUCUUUUCCCUUUCCCUUUUACUGCUGUCUCUCUUGCGGUUGCAGCUGGAUUGACGUUGCCAUUGUGAAGAGAGAAGAAGAAAAGGAAAAGCUUCUAAAUUACAGGUCCUGCCCUUCCCCCGAUCGGGCGCUUCACGCUUCGCACUUUAUUUCUAAAUUUGGUGAAGGAGCCUUGUCCUUUUUUCUUUUUCCUUUAAGUUGUACGAACGGGUCGUUCAGUUCAAAGGGCGGCGCUAAGGUGUGCCGCCGAAUCACGCGCAAAACAAAACAAAGCAAAGCAAAACACAGGAGAGAUAUAAAUAAGGAGGCGGUGCAGUUAAUAAAGGUGAUUUCUUUUGAAAAUUUUCUCUCUUUUCCUAGAUUUGUUUUUAUCGAGGAAAUAUUUUUCUGGACACGUGCAGUAGAGAGCGUUUCUCUUUCGACCCGCUUUUUCUCAACUGUUGUGUUUGUGUUUCUUCAGUCAAAAGAAAAAAGAAAAAUAAGAAAGAAAGAAACGAAAGCCACCGGCGACACAACGCAUAUUUGUUUCUUGAACUGUGCUAAUCGGGUUUUUUUGUAUCUUCUCUUCCUGAUUUUUUUCGGGUUUCCGUCUUGGCAGUUUUCUUUCCUCGGUGCCGAAAAGAGAGGAAGAGCUAGAGAGAGAGAGCGGGUAGGUUUGAAUCAGCCAGAGGGAAACACGUGGGGGGCCGUCCUUUCUUUCUCUCCUCUCCCUUUUUUGUUGUUGUUGUUGAGGCGGAAGAGUUUUCGCGAACCAAUUAUUAUUGUAUAUUUUCUUUCCUGUGCUGCGCUUCGUUUUUUCCCCCUUUUUCCGCCGUUGUUUUUGUUGUUAUUGUUGUUGACGUGCUUCUUUUGUUCUUUCAACUGUUUGUUUUAUCUACUUCGGGUUUUCGCCCUUCGUUGCUUGUCUUCCUCUCGCGAACGUUGACGCAACGGAGAAGAGGACGGCAUCCGCACUUAGUAAGCAAUCCCCUCAAAAAAAAAAAAGCAAGCGAACAAACAAAUCCACACAUACGCUAGAUGGCCGCAAUGAAUCAGGCGGGUACCUUCGCUGAGGCCGGCGUCACGCUGCACCGGAAGCUCUCCAGCGCAUUGCAGUCCGCCGCAGCCGCCACCGCUGCCGCACACAACAGCAACCCCGGCAGCAACGGCGGUGCGUCCCUCAUCGCCCCCACCCCCCUCCUCGUCCGUGUGCUGCGACGAACCGCAACGGACUUCUCCGACGUCAUCGUGGAUGGGCGCUGCGCCACAGGCAGCCGUCAGGUGGGCAGCGCGGCGGCGGUGUGGGUGCAUCACAAUGCGGCACUGCGCGGCACCGGUGCGAACUCAUCCAACACGAGCCCGUCCACCAUCGCCGCCACGUCCGCCGCGGGCGGCGCCUCUGGUAGCGGCGGCGGCAACAACACGAACAGCGGCGUGCCAUCGCCGUCGCCGAGUGGCGCGACAGCUACGACUGCGAACAGCGACGGCGUUAUACCGCUGUACUACACGGAGGCAGCCCUCAACGAGUGCCGCAACUUGCUGGCCCUCUACUCCUUUCACUGCCUGCUCACGGCGUCACAGUUGUACAACAGCAGCGUCGGCAACGCCAGCCACCACGUCCUCGCCGCGGCGGAUGGCCGCGUACAUCAGCUGCCGGUGAAUGCGAACCACUGGGCGCCGGAGGUGUCGCUGAUCAUUGCCGAGACGGAGGCGAGCGCGGAGGAGCUGCUGAAGGUGUGCCGAGCUCUCGCCGAGGCGUGCAACUACGGUGUGAACGUGUCGAUGGCAAUUGGGAGUAAGACGCCUGCCUCGCUCAUCGUGCGGCCGGUCAGUGCGGCGGGCAGCUCUGCUGGUGCUGGUACUCCUACCGGCGCGUCCUCCGCCGCCACCGGUGGCGCAGGUGGAAAGGAUGACAAGACGGACGCGGAGGCCGGCAAAAACGACGAAGUAAAGAAGAGAGGCACGGAGUGGCCCUACGCCGCCUCCGUCGUCAUCACGACGACGCACAGCUUCCUCAACUGGAACCUCGUGACGCUGCUGAACACCGGCGUGGAUGUUGCCGUCGCGGAAGAUGGCGGCGAGGCAGAGGCAGGCAACAAGGACAGCAAUGAGAACAAGGAGAGGGAAAGCGCCGCCGUGCGUACAAAGCGGGUAUUUCCGCACAUCACCUCGCUGGUCGUCGAGGAGAUUGGCCGCUCCACGACGGCCGGCACCGCCUCCGCGGAAAAGGCGCUGCAGCAGUGGCGCGACGCCCACGCCGUCCUGCACUCCGCCAUGCCUCGGCAGCACACUCGUUACUGUGCGGCGGCGCACUUGCUGCCGCACGUCUUGUGGAUCUGCCGGGGCCCGGUGUCGCGGCUGCCGGCGUCGCUGCGCCACCUACUCAGUCGCCGCAGCCGCCGCUACUACCAACUUCUGCCGUCUACGUACAUCAGCGCCGCGGCGGUGUCGUUGAUGCCGCAGCCGCAGGAAGGGCUGAGCACGCCGGCUGAGUCGCUCGGCGUCCGCCUUGUCCUGUCGCAGAGCACCGCUGACAAGGAUGCGCAGCUGCGCCGCAUCGUGACGGAUCGCAGCGGCUUGUACCACCGCGUGCUGAUCUUGACGCACAACAAGGAGGUGCCGCAGCUGAACACGCUCAUCACGAGCUGGGGCGUGAGUCGCGAGUUCCCUUCUAGCAGCAGCAACACCAACGGCAAAGCGAACAAUGCCAGCGGUGCGACCCCGCCGGCCGUGACGGAGGCCUCGCCGAAUCUCGUCUACUCCACUCGCCGCAUGGAUUCUGUCCUUGCGCAGCACCAAUGCCACUCAUCGUUCCUGAACAGCUCCGAGGCAGCAGAACGGGCGGCGAGCACCAGCAGCGGCGCAGGCGACGCUGCCCCCUCUGCCUCGCCCGUGGUGGUCACCCUCGUCGCGUGGGAUGCGUUCACUGCGCUAGAUGUGAUGGACGUGGAUGUCAUCAUUCAGUACUAUCCCCCGCAGAAGUCGCUGACGGAGCAAGAGUGGGCGGAGUUUAUCCAGCUGCUGCACACCACCGUCGACGGCGAGCGCGAAAUCGAGCUGUCACUGCGGCAGAAUAAGAAUAACAAGGAGGCGAACAUCCGCGCCAAGCUGGCGCAGCUGAUGCAGGCCACCACGACCGGCGCAGAGACGUCAACCGCCGCCGCCGCCGCUGCCCCGGCCCCGUCGCGCACCACACCGUCAACCCACCGCCCCCUGCCCGUGCUCGUAACGCUGAUGGUGGCCGCUGACUUCACCCUCACCGCCUACUUUCUGCAUCAGUACCUGUACAGCGGUGCGACAGGCGUGCUAACGCAGGCGGCCACGGCGACGUCUCUCGCCUCCGUCGUGCCCGCCCCUGGCAGGCCCGGAAUGAUGGAGGCGGUGAAGCAGCCGAUGCCGGUGCUGGACAUCUCGCCGAGGCACCCCUACUUUAUUCCGCUCGUCUGCGGGCACGACGGCAGGGCUGAAUGGCCGGCGGAGGCAGCGGGGUCGCCGCCGCGAGCGCGGGCGGAUGCGCUGAACGCGAAGCCGAGCGACGCUGCCCCGCUGCGGACGCGCCUCGCAUCAGGCGAGGCAGUCACCAUUCGGAACGUCCUGGCGGCGAAGCUAGCGAAGGAGCAAGGUCCAUCCGCCACGUCCAAGUCACCGCCUGCGUCGGGCACGACGACGACUACCUCACCCACUCGGGCGACUACCGUCUCGCCGAUUUUGUUGCUGGCGCAGGGGAAUGUGGCAUCGUCAACGGGUGGUGGUGGAGGAGGGGGUGGUGGCAGCAGCAGCAGCAGCGGCGCAGGCGGCAAGGGAGCCGCUCCAAGCACCGUGGAUAAUAACAAUAGUAACGUGAAUAAUACGAAUACCAGAAGCCUUGCCCGCUUAGUGGCGAAGAACGGGAUGAAUGCGUCGAGUAGCAGCAAUCUAAACAGUGGUGGUGCUGUGGGGAGCGGCAGUGGUAUCAAUCUUCGUGCACAGGGCGCGAAGGAGGCGGCGAGAUCACCGACGGAGGCGGGCGCCCCGACCAGCACGACGACAAACGGCAGCGGUAGUAGCGGCAACAACACCAAAGGGUCCGGCAAUUCACAGAAGUCGAACAACAAUAGCAAAGGGAAUAAUAAUAAUAAUACCAAUAAGGGCGGCCCAGGCAACGCAAACAGCCAUCACACGAAUACCUCGCCCACCGCGUCAAGCAGCGCGGCGCCGGCAGUCGUAGGCAACACGGGUGGUGGACAAACGGGGAACAAGUCUCCCGUCUCCACUGCAACCUCGCCGUCGGCCAAGACAGGAAGCGGGGAGAAGAGCGGCGGCGGCGGCGGUGGUGGUGGUGGCAACAACAAACGUCGGCAGCGCAGCAAUCGAGGAGGCAAUAACAACAAUAGUAAGAAAGCCGCCGCACAGCCUUCCAAUUAG